ACUCACACGCCCAAAUUGUUAACUCCCUUGUUAUCAUUAUUAUUUUUAGGCACCUAAUUAAACCGCCCGAUUCUUGGCCAAUCCCCCACUGUGGGUAUGUGCCACGACCACUAAGGACAACAACAACAACAACAACAACACACCUAAUCUAGUCAAGUAAGGCGGCACUGUUAGCGUCGCUAUCGCGGACCGGUGCUCAAGGAGCCGCGCCGACGUUUUUCGUGACUGCACCCAGCAAGAAAUACGGCAAGGAAAACGGCGUCCCGCGACAAGUUUACCCAGAAGCACUGAGCACUGCCCUGCCGUAGGCACACCGAAGUCACGUACGGCGGCCACUGAGCUCUGCUAGCGUUCCCGCGAGAUCCCCUAGGCAUCCGGUUGUCGCCAGUCUGUGCAGAAGUGACGCAGUCAUCACCCUCGAAGCUCUAGCACUCAUCUUCCGAGGCUGCCUGCGAAGCAGAGAGGUUUGCCGGCAAUUGGUUGCCAUAGCUGUUUCAGGCUCUGCGGCACAAUACCGGAAGGACAGCGGAAAAGACUGCCAGUGUCGCCGAAAGCAUCACGUCCAAGUCGUUCUCGAGGAGCGCACAUGGAGGUCCGGAAACCGCGAGAGGCGUCGAUUCAAUCAACAGCGACCACUCCCCGAUCGCAGAGCGCCAAAAAGGGCACUUUGUCCAAAUCACCGGAGCGCAGCAGGCCGCGUAAAGUGGGUGAAGGGGCAACCAAGUCACACGAGGAAAGGAAAGACUCACCAGGCACAAUGCGAGCCGGCUCUCAGUCACCGGCGAGUGAGGGACGGAGUUCGCGGGUUACCGAGGAAAGGUCGCCUGGCUGCAACAGCGACAAGCGCAGCGCAACCGCUACACCGACGCCGGCCCUUUCGCGAGGCUCCCCGCCGCCGACAGGAGACCCCAAAUCGCCACUGGCCAAGACAGGGGGUCCACGGACCGCCAAGAGCGACAACGCGCGGUCGCGUGGGAAGAGUAGCUCGCGAGACGUUCCAGUAGCGUCGCUCUCGCGGACCGGCACGCAAGGACCCGCGCCGACGUCGUUCGUGACUGCACACAGCAAGAAAUACGGCAACGAAAAAGGCGUCUCGAGAUCGCCAGGCCGCACACGGGGCGCUACCGCCGCGACAAGUUUACCCAGAAGCACUGAGCAGUGCCCUGCCGGAGGCACACCCACGGUGCCCACGGUGGCCACUGAGUUCUUGCAUUCGAAGCCUCGCUGUACGGAAGGUUCGAAAUCCCGUGGUCGAGGCUUGAGUACCGUGUCACCGCGAGGCGUCAGCUCUAAGCAAGGGUCACAUGACAGCAGAGAGCCCCAGGCUGCGCUCGCCACUUCACGGUCGGCCCGAGGAAACCAGAAAUCGCGUGACGCGAAGCCCACGUCGACUUCACCGCGACGGAGCGUCGUCGGCAAAGGUCAAGUGACCGGCGGCCGUAGCAGUUCCCAGGAUGCUAAGCCUGCCUCGUCGACACCAGUGCGCAAGGACAGAGAAAAGGCGAAGACCGCGGAUAUCGCCAGCGAGAAGUCCGCGCAUACGUCACCGGUGACGGCCAGUCCCGAUGAUUCUAUGCUGGGCUAUCCCCAGGGCCAGGAGCUCGUCGCGCUGGAGGCCACGCCCACACAGGCCUCGCUCGACAAAAUCAUGACCCCGCGAAGUGGUGGCCAAACGCAGCUGGCAGUCGAAGGUGCCGCCGACGUCAGCGAGUUUAGUUUCCAGGACCGGAUGCUCCGGGGCCUGCAAGACGUCCAGGCCGAUUCCGUUCAAGCAACAAAAGCGACCGCGUCGGGGAAGCCGGAUGCGUCGAAAGGCCCGUCGCCCGUGCUGCUCAAGUCGCCGCUGACGUGCUGCGAUCUCUGCGCCUGCGUCCUGGUCGUGGCUGUGGUGGCGGGCUUCGCGAUGCUGUGGCGACGCGGGAGCGGCGAGCCCCUGGCGCACAUGGCCGAGUCCGCGGCCCGCAACACGUCCCGGUGCGAGGCGGACGAGUGCGUCCAGCUGAACUCGCUGCUCGACGCCAGCAUGGACCGCGCCGUGGACCCGUGUCAGGACAUGCACCGAUACGUGUGCGGCGGCUGGAGUCGGCACCACACGGGAAUGAGCGUGCGCGAGUACACGAAGGCAGGCAGAUGAAAAUUGUAGUGACAAAAUAUGUUGCAGUAAUACUGUUUUUCCCCAGGAAAAUGUUAGCAAAGUAUUACGUGCGCGCUAGAAUCGAGUACGCAAUUAAAGCUACAAUAGCUGGUGUCCAAAUGGCAACUAUACCCGAGUGGAGCAAGAGUACGAGUAUUGCCGAGAGCCUGACAACCAGAAAGCUUCAAAAUAGAAUGCGAUAGAUAUGCAUACAAUAAUAAUUAUUAACCAUAUGAUAUAAUAGGUCCCACCUGAGUAUCGGCGUCACAUGAGCACUAGGCAUCAACAUCACCUCGCGAUCAAUACACAUGGGGCUAUAGAAGCUUAGGGUAUGUGAUAGAUUCGGGUAAUAUAAGGAUGAAUGAAUGAAUGAAACCUUUACGUUGAGGAAGGGGACGGCUCUCGGCCCAUGUUGGGGAUUAGGUAGGAAAGGAAUCUAGGUUAGCAGAUUGUUGCCUGAGGUGCAUCUUCUCAGUGUCUAUGCAAUAGGCGCGAAAACCGACACACAUAUAGAUUGACACCACACAAAACGCCUCUCAUCAUCUCAGUCUUCGGUCUUGCACUCUAUGCGUCCUCUUGUACUUCUCCUGUUUGAAUGUUCCGCUCCGUCGCUCUCGCGUGGCUUGGUCGACCUCUCCUAUAUCACUCGAUAUCGAAGCCAAUUUGGCUGUCGUAUGUCGCGAUGGCUUUCUGUGACGGAAACGAGGAAACUGAACCUCUCACUAUCUUUGUUUAUCCUUAUUGUCGAGUACGUACUCGUUGGUUAUGAGUAUCUGAAUACCGAAUUCAAUGGAAAUACAUUCGACUUGUUAUUAGAAAUGUUCGAAUUUUAGCACGCUUCUAUUAAAAAAAGCGAAAGCAAUGUACAGUCAGCUUUGGCGGUGGUAGGGCGAAAACUGUUACUGUGAAAUUUCUUGCGCUAUUACGAUGCGGAUAACAGAAAGGGAUGCAAAAUAGAGCACUUCUGUCCACUGACUCACACUUCAGGAUUGUUUUGGAAGUAACAAGGUAUACUGACUCUUGCCUUACGGGGCGGGAGCGUGUGUUCGAUUAUUUGUUAAUUUGCUGCCAACGAGGGUAUUGACACGUGUCGCUUCGCGAAAUGAAGUUUAGUUGGCAGUGCAGCUUGGGGUGUUCUGUCUUCGCCGUCGUCUGUAUAAAAUUUCAAGUACACCAUCUCACCAACUCGCCCAAAAGUCAGCCUCCCCCCCCCCCCCCUCCCUACAUGGGCAAUCAGCUACUGCGUAUGGUGACAAAACCCUGACCGUGGCACUGUGACGUGAGACAACAGCGUGGUGAUGGUGUUGCAUCAACUAUUGAUUGACAGUGCGUUUGUUAUAGAAGCUGGAUCAUUCAUUACAUUCCCAGUAAGAUCGAGAUGGGAGAUUAAAAAGCUUCCGCCCACAACAAAGGAGCACGUAGACGAAACAAAGCUUGAAGGAAUGAAAUGCGAGGACAACUAAACAACAACAUGAAAAUGACCCACCGCCUGAAAUACGAAUAAACACUUGCCGGUAGUAAAAUGAUGCUCCUGUUCGUCUUCGUAGCUUGGGUUUCUGAUAAUAUGGAAUGAAACCGCAGUUUAGCAGAUUUUAUUUAACGCGUUUUCUGGUCAUCGGCCUAUAGGGAGGCUCUCGGCCUCUCCUAGCGGCCCCUCUUUUGAAAAUAAACAUUCCUCAUACGGUUUCUGAUUUUUGCUCCCCGCUGCUUUAAGGUGCCUCGAGCGAAUUUCGCCCACGCGUGGUUGACGAUCGAGUGUUCAAAUCAGCCUCAUGCAGGGGCGUAGCCAAGGGGGGGGGGGGGGGUCUUAAGGAGCUUCAGCCCCCCUCCCGAAAUUUUUUCGUGCUGUCCAUCCACCGCCCACCCAAGCAAUCCCCAGUGCCGGAAAUCAUUCUGAAUUUUCACUAGAAUGUCUUUUUCACGCUAGAAAAGCAUUUCAGCGCGAACCUUGCGAACUUGGGCUAGAUUUCGCAGCAGCACCCAUGCACCGGUAGUCACAUAACGCCAAGCGUAGAUUUAUUAUUAUUACGUAGAUUUAUUGGAGGCUUAUACGUAUAUUUAAAUAUCAUGGUGUGGGGAUUUGUGUAUACGUGCAGUGAACUUUGCUUCCAGUGACAAUUUUUUGUCUUUUAUCAAGCUGUAUCUACGCAUUGGUAUAUUCCACUUUAUCUUCGCAUUUCUAAUGUAUGAAGGGGAGUAAAAUGAAAGGGAGCCAACCCACCCCGCGCAAUAAUUGUUCGGUCCAUUAUCUGCGAGGCAUGCACGUGACACAGAGGCUUCUCUCUGUUACAGAAGUGACACGCAGGUGUGAGUAUCAAGGUUGUUUAAUGCUCUCAUACACUGGGUUGAACAUGGUUGCGCGAAUAAUGCACUCUCUAGAAGUUGAGCAGCGUGGUGCCCUGAGGUUUCUGACAGCUGAAGGUAUUUCCUAAAAAGAAAUUAGUAGCCGUAUGGCUGCCAUGUACGUUGAACAUUGCAUUUCAUUGUCUACUGUGAAGCGUUCGAGCAAACGGUUCAAAGAAGGAUGGGAAAGUUGCAAAGACGAUCCAAGGCCGGGCCAAAGCCAUCGUGCAAUCACCCUUAACGAAAUUGCAAAGGUUGAUGAGCUGAUGGGACAAGAACAGAGGAUAAGCAUCGAUGAACUGGCAGAAUGUGUGAACAUCAGUCACGGUUCGGUUCACGCCAUAAUUCAUGCACAUCUCGGUUAUCCGCUCUUGUGUGCGCAAUGGUUGCCCAAUAUGUUGAACUACCACCAGAAGACGGAGAAGUUCAGCGCUGCCUUGACUCAUCUGAUCUGGUAUAACAAUAAGGGUGACGACUUCUUAUCUGCAAGUGUGAUCGAGGACGAACCAUAGUGUCACUUCUACGAGCCUGAAACACGACAGCAAAGCUUACAGUGGAAAAAUUCGAAUUCACCACCCCCAAGAAAGGAAAGACCGUCAUUUCCACAGGAAAGGUUUUGUUGGCUUUUUUUUUCGAUCGUCAGUGGCCAUUACUGAUAGAAUAUGCUAAAUCUUGAGAGGCUAUCAGUUUGUUUUGUUAUUGUAAAACGCCAGAUCGGCUGCGUGUCACAAUCAAGAACAAACUACGUGGAAAAUUGACGAAUCGGGUCAUCUUGUUCCACGACAAUCCCGUCCCCACGUCGCUGAUGUGGUUAAUACAAAACUGGAAAUGUUCAAGUGGGAAACGCUGCAACAUCCGCCAUACAGCGCAGACCUGUCGCCUUGCGACUUUCACUUUUUGGAGGAUUUGAAAAAACCGCUCAAGCGAGCCAGAUUCGUGUAGGACGAUGACGUGAAAGAGUCAAUUGCAGACUUUUUGAAUCAGCAACCCAAGGAAUUUAAUGAUACGGGAAUCACGCGACCCGUUAGACAACGGGACAAAUGUCUAAAUGAUUAUGGAGACUACUUUUAAAUAAGGUAACCCGUUUGUCAUGUAUUCGCAUUGGCUCACUUUCAUUUGACUCGCCCUCGUUUAUUUUGCAGAGCUCCUGCUUUUUAUACGUGCUCUCUGUUGCGGCUAUAAUUUCGGUGCAAUUACUCACGAUACACGACCGGUGAAAGCUGCUCCUGCGUAAUACAUUGAAGCAAAUGACAGCGUCACUGAGAUUUUUCACUGGCCGUUGCACAUGUACAAGAAUUUAAACAAGGUUCUUGAAUGACAAAGAUUCAUUACAAUAUUUGUCCUCAGCUUGCUAAUUUCAUGGCCUUUACAUUUUUCAUAUCAGCGGCAUGCACUGCCUUGCUGGUUUCGAACUGU